UCCCUUCUGUUAUACACAGGUGGAGAAGUCAGAUGGAGCUGGAAGAGAGAGAAUGAAACGUUUUCAGAUACGUUUUAUUUCAGUUGCUGUGAAGCUCAUCAUGCCUGAAGAGCUCGUCUGAAUGUUGUAUGUCACUGCUGUGUUAGUGACGUACGUGAUUGUGUGAUUUCAGUAAGGACCACUCUUCCAGACACUCUACCUUUUCAACAGCAGAGAUGGAGGAGGAAGAUAUCCGCCAGCAGAAGCUUGACAAUCAGCGAACACUUUUGAUCAAGAAGCAGCAGAAACGGCGAGCCAACGCUCAGAUGAUGACAGCCAAUAAUGAAGCUCGUCCAAAGAACCGCAAGCAGAAAUCUGGGCCUGAAGAUACAGCACUGUUAAUCAGCCAGUCUCAAAGCAGCAACUCACUUAAUGAUCCCAUGCUGGAGCAGGCCCAUGAUAACGUGCUGGAGGAGAUUAAUCUGGGUGAAAUGAACAUCUCAGCUCAGAUUGCAGUGAUAUCAGAAGAAACACCACCGCCUGCUCCACCCAUUAUUAAAACAAUAAACCUCGAUACGGACAAUCAGACCAGCCCUAAACACACAGCGGACACACUCAGCCAGGCUGAGGGGAAGAAAAACAAGAAGAAAGGAGUUAAAAAGAAUCAAGCUAAAUUGCUCGAUCCUGAUGGUGUUGGGGAUGGAGAGGAAAAGAAAGAGAAAAAAACAUUGAAGAAAAAAGAAAAGAAAAAUGACUCAAAAGAGAAAGUGAAGAAAACAGAGGAAGAAAAAACAGUCCAGAUUGAAUCAGUGGUAGAGUUCAACAUUACAGAAGAAACGAAAGCUAAAAUAGAAAGUGAUGAUGAUGAUGACGACGACAGAAAAGACUGGUCAAAAAAGCCAGUUCCUCCAACCCCGAAGAAAAAGCCUCAUUUUAAUGCCUCCAGGUGCCAUCUGAGUGACAGUGCAGAUGAGAACGAGGAUGAGGAGAAAAUGAUAAAAACAAAGAAAAAAUCCCAAAAGAGCACAAAGAACAAUUACAAUCUUGCUUCAUUAAACUCAAACUACAGGCAGUCCUCAUCCGACAGUGAAUCUUCAGAUAUGGGAAAGUCUUCUCCAAUCUCUCUGGAAGAUCUGGAACAGUUUGCUCUUAGGCCUGCUCCAAGGGACACAACAAUCCAGUGCCGGAUCACCCGAGACAGGAGAGGAAUGGAGAAAGGAAUCUAUCCCACGUAUUAUCUUCACAUGGAGAAGGAGGAUGGGAAGAGAGUUUUUCUCAUGGCUGGAAGAAAACGUAAGAAAAGCACAACGUCCAAUUAUCUGAUCUCCACUGAUCCUACUGAUUUAUCCAGAGACACAAGCAGCUAUAUAGGCAAACUCAGGUCAAAUGUUUUAGGGACUAAAUUCACUGUAUAUGAUAAUGGAGAAAACCCAGAAAGGAAGCAGUUUAUUAAGGAAAGUGAAUCACUUCGGCAAGAGCUUGCAGCAAUAUGCUAUGAGAAAAACAUUCUGGGCUUUAAAGGCCCCAGGAAAAUGACAGUGAUCAUUCCUGGCAUGCAUGAGAAUGACGAAAGAGUCAGUAUUCGUCCAAAAAGCGAUAUCGAAUCUCUCCUCACUCGUUAUGAAAAUGGAAAUAAGGAGAAUCUGGUGUGUCUGGUGAAUAAGUCACCCAGCUGGAACGAGCAGACUCAAUCGUAUGUGCUCAAUUUCCAUGGCCGAGUGACACAGGCAUCUGUGAAGAACUUCCAGAUUGUUCAUCCUGAUAACGAGGAGUACAUUGUAAUGCAGUUUGGAAGAGUGGCAGAGGAUGUUUUCUCCAUGGACUACAGCUUCCCCAUGUGUGCUCUGCAAGCAUUUGCCAUCACUCUGUCCUCAUUUGAUGGAAAACUGGCUUGUGAAUGAACUCACGGCUUUCGUUGUAUGAAUGUGCUAUUUAGGCUACUAGAAGGCACCACAUCUGGGGACUUAUGGCCUUUGGAGAACUUCAGUAGCAGAAGUUCUCAUGUAUUCUUGGACAAAAUAUAUAUUUAUUGUCAGCAAGUUUUGGAGGCAGCAAAAAUAAUGUGCAAUAAGCAUAAGCUACAAUAGUUAUGGGUUAUACUCACAUUUGUAUUUUCUUAUUUUUUUAUGUUAUGACAUGUCAUUCCAUAAAAAUAAUUACUUUACCGGUGUUUGAAAAAUAAUAAUAAAAAAAAUCAUGUAUUAAAGAGAA